AUGUCCCAAACAUUCUCGGACGCUGACAUCGAAGAGGAGCAAAAACAUUUUUCUAAUGUCAUCGCAACAUUCCAGCAAUACGCCCAAUAUUCGCUAGCAGCCAAUAACAGGCGACGAAAAGACAUCUACACACUUUCUCAGGGUGACAAAGAACUUCUCGACGUUCUUGGGUACCGACAAAAACUUCAAGAAGUGGAUAGAGCCAUUCUGGACAAUGCAGAAUUCUUGAAGCUGAUUGUUGCAAACCCCGAGAUCUUUGGCCAUGAUCUCGACUUUCCAAAAGAUGCAGGUGAUGAUAAUGCUGACCUUCGGACUUUUCAUGACCUUUCGCAUGGUGACGCGCAUUCACAUUCUCAUGGUCACCCGCAUCACCACAGUCACUCGCAUGACCAUGAGAAUGUCACCCCAGAUCGCAGAGCUGUCAGCCAGUAUCAGCGAAAGUACAAACCUACGGACUUCGACAUGGACAAGUUGCGAAGCACUCUGAAGCAAUUCGUACGGGACUGGAGUCAAGAGGGAAAAGAAGAACGGGACACGUGUUAUACGCCAAUCAAAGACGCGCUGGUCGCGCAUUUCUCGGACAAACCAUCUCCGGAGUUAAGACAAAAUAUCCGGGUGCUCGUUCCUGGUGCAGGCCUUGGCCGGUUGGCUUAUGAUGUUGCGAAUUUAGGGUUCGCCUGUCAGGGAAAUGAAUUCUCUCACUACAUGCUUCUUGCUUCUUAUCUUAUUUUAAAUAGGACUGACGCGAUUGGACAAUACACCAUAUACCCUUAUGUCCAUUCUUUCUCCAACCUUCCUGACCGUGAAGCAAUGUUACGCCCAGUGAAAAUACCCGAUGUCCUUCCCUCGGCCCUACCAGCUGGCUCGAAUUUUCCUUGGUUGCGGGAGAUUUAUGGAACAGAAUACGAAGAAGGCAAUUUCGAACCACAGGCGGGGCAAUGGGACGCUGUUCUGACAUGUUUCUUUAUUGAUACUGCAAAGAAUAUCGUCAACUACCUUCGUAUAAUUCACAGGAUAUUGGCACCUGGUGGAGUAUGGAUUAACAUGGGCCCGCUGCUCUGGCACUUCGAAAAUAAUGCAACCAAUGAUCCAUCCAUUGAACUUGAUCUCGAAGAAGUCAAAAUGCUGGCUCGAAAAAUCGGUUUUGUGAUCUCUGAUGAGCGAACGAUAGACACGACUUACACGAGUAAUUCCCGGUCUAUGCUGGGAUAUGUUUAUAAAACUGCUUUCUGGACGGCGACGAAAGCUUAA